AUGCCUAAAUGUCUUGACCUCUCUAGACUACCCAGGGCUCCAGGUCUUCGUUCAAUUAACCGUUGCAAUGUAACACCCGGCUCCCCUCUUCCAUUACUUUUCCCUGGUAGCGUGCCAUACAACCGUGCCCGCACUGUUGACCCAACGCACCCUGCCACUCGGUGGAAAGCCCACGCGUUUCCGCAUUUCUCCUGCCCUGCAUUCAUGCUGCGCGCUGUACCCAAGGGUGCGCUUCUGCGCCCAGAAUUUGAGAGGCGCUUACCUCAGAUUGAGCGCUCUGCCAUGGUACCGCGGGGGGAACGGAAGGACGGUUCCAAGAAACUAGAUAUGAGCAUGGUCUUCAUGAUUUCGAAAAAGAAGACGAACAAAAGGGCAGUGGUGCGCAACAGGAUCGCGAUGCGCAUCAGGUCCGCUUUUGAGCUCAUUGUUACUCGAGGUGCUGAUGCUGAGCCGAAAGAGAAUGUCAAAGACAGACAUCUGGGCAAGAAGUGUGGGCCUGAAGAAUCCUCGAGUGUCGUUAGGAAGCCGAAGAAAAAACUUGAUCGUUCGAAUCGCGAGUUAAAGCUUGCCAGCUUAGCAUCGUCGAUCACCCCGUCUAAUCUGGGCUUGAUAUCGAAUCCUGCGCCCACCAGGCAUCUAAUCCUUCAAGAUUGGACAUAUGUUAUGUCGCCUUCUCUCCUGAGUUACCGCAUGCCACUCCCCGAUCUUAUACAACAUCUCCGUGCAGGCCUCGAGAGCAUUCGAGCGCAGUCAAUGAAGCUCGAUGUGCAGUGGGCAUUGGACAAGAAACUAACAAUUGACCCGCCGUUGGCCAAUAUCACAAACCAAGAACCUGAGGUGGACUGGCGGCACAUCGCAACUGACGAAAACGAUACUCCUGCGUUAUUUAACCUUGAUGAGCCCGAGCAUGGUCUCCUCAAGGCGGGAAAACCCAUCAAUCCUCAGAAACAGCCCAUCAAGCUGUUUUUCCCGACACCACCAUCGUCUGGAGAGUCGUCUUCUACCUGUGUUGAAGAUGAUCGGCUUGUCACUUCCCACAGAUCUGUCGAUACGCCCAUGCGGUUGGCUUCACCGGCAAAUCGGCCAGGUCAUCAAUCUUCUGGUUCUAUUUCUGAUUCUUCGAAACCUACCCUACGUGCUCCGUCCACAUUUAGAAUAGGCGCAAUCGAACGUCUUGCGACCGUAAAGAACCAGCCCCUGGUUGUACCUGGUCGCAAAGCAAAACGAAGACUCUCUUAG